AUGGCUGAGUCACCACUGCUGUAUCGGGUUGGCUCAGCCUUAGCUUUUGGUGGAUGCUCUGCAAUGACAGUUUUUGUUAACAAAAUUCUGCUUACUAAUUACAGAUUUCCAUCUUUCUUAUGCGUAGCAGUUGGUCAGAUGAUUGCAAGUCUUUUAAUACUUUUUUUUGGACGUCAGCUUAAAAUUAUUUCAUUUCCCCCUUUGGAUACGUCAAUCCCACGAAAAAUCUUUCCACUUCCUUUGAUUUAUUUUCUCAAUUUGGUUAGCGGUUUAGGUGGAACGCAAAAAAUCAACAUUCCAAUGUUUACUGUUCUUCGAAGGUUCUCCAUUCUGAUGACGAUGAUAUUAGAAUAUAUAGUUCUUGGAGUAAAAGCAUCGUAUGCUGUGAAGUUUUCAGUUGGCUUGAUGAUACUCGGGUCUAUAAUAGCAGCUUUGUAUGACUUAGCUUUUGAUGCCUAUGGUUACACUUUAAUUCUUAUAAACGAUCUUUGUACAGCUGCAAAUGGAGUGUACAUAAAGAAAAAAUUGGAUGCAAAGGAUUUAGGAAAGUAUGGUCUUUUGUAUUACAAUGUUUUGUUUAUGAUUUUUCCUGCUAUAGUUCUUGCUAUUGGUUUGGGAGAUGUUAAUGAAUUUAUUUACUCUGAUCGGAUGUCUAUUGGUGUAGCGAUUUGUUUCUUUUUGUCAUGUAUUUGUGGAUUCUUACUGAACUAUUCCAUUGUGCUAUGCACUAAUUACAAUAGCGCGUUGACGACCACUUGUGUUGGUCCUAUUAAAAACCUUUUCGUAACUUAUGUGGGAAUGUUUUCGUCGGGAGACUACAUAUUUUCAAUAACGAAUUUCGUUGGUAUUAAUGUUAGUGUUAUGGGAAGUAUUUUGUACACAUACGUUACAUUUAAAACGAAAAAGGAAACUACGCGCCACCGGUUCAUCGUCGCUAUUCCACAAGAAACGCUAAGGCAUGUGUAA